CACAAACUGUUGAGUCGUGUAAAAGAUUGAAAGUAUUUUUAUCGCAAAGAAAAUAGUUUUUCUAAUUUUAUAUUUUAAAUUUUAAAAUCACAAUGAAUUUUAUCCGUCUUUAUAUCUAUCCGAUAGCCAUCGCUAUUCUUAUACCUCUUAUGGUUUUAGUGCCAUACCUAAUAGCCAUACAUCAGGAACAUGUUCAUCCAUUCCUGCCCUAUACCAGCGAUACGGCCACUAUUGCUAUCGAGUCGGCGGUGUUUGCCCAAAUCACCUUGGUCAUUGCGCUGCUGUUUGCGAUUCUGUCAUAUCUGCAAUAUUUGCAAAUCAACACAAUCUAUACAUUGAGUGACACUAUAAUACAAUUGAAGGCAUCGAUUAUGAAGAAUCGCCCGAAGAUAAUAAAAUUCAACCGAUGGUCACUAUAUAUAGCCAUUUAUAUAGUGCUGGCCCUGACAUCAGUGGUCAGCUUCCGAUCCGACGAAUUCCCAAUCAUUCAUCCAAUUGUUUGCAUUACUCUAUUCAUC